AUGACUACGACACACCUUCUUUCAAAACGUGGCACAACGAUUUCCAAAGCCUUCUUUGUGACUUUAGCCAUUGGUUUCUGUAUGGUUGCUGCGGAUGUAUCCCAUUUGCCAAGCAGCUAUUUACCACCACCAAAACCCGAACAUGCCGUCUCCAUGAGCAUUGAACAGCAGGAAUUACGUGAGCUACCCGAACAAGUGGAAUAUAUGAGAGAUGGAGAGAUGGACAAUAGCCAAAUGGAUAUGGAUACAAAUAUGAUGGGAGGCAUGACCAUGCCUAUGCCCAGUAGCCUACUGACACCACCAGCACCAGUUGAGUCGGAGGCUGAUAGCCACUCAUUGCCCACCCGUUAUUUGCCCCCAGCUCAGCAAAUGAAUCAAGCCCCAGGACAAGAGGAAGAAUCAUUCUCUCAGGCAGCAACACCCACUGAACCGGAGCCUCUCAUGCAGCCAGAAGCUGAACAGCAGCAAAUGCCAAUGGAUUAUAUGCAAUAUUUACCUCCUGCUCCUGUCGAUGGGUCAGCUGGUCAACAGCAAUUGACCUAUCAGCAGUAUCAAGAGCAACUCCAACAGCAACAGCAGCAGCAGCAGCAGGAACAGCAACCGCAAGAAUACCAAAUGCCAUACAUUCUCGAUGUAGUCCAACAGCCCAUGGCUCCUUCCGAUGCUGAGACUUUGGCCUAUGAGGAACCACAGCCAGCUCAUGAAUUGCGUAACGAUGGCUAUCACUACAAAUCACAGACGGCUGAAGAGGAACAGCGUCUGAGGCACUAAGUCAAGUCAAUCAUUAGCUGACUCACUGCUCGAUGAUGAUGACAUCAUCAUCAUCAUAAUCAGCACGAAUGAAACAAAUGAAAAUGAGACGCAAUGUCUG